GAUGAAAUCUUUAAAAAAGAUUUAUUACGUGGUAAAGUAAUAAUUGUAACAGGAGGAGGUAGUGGUAUAUGUUAUGGUAUAACACAAUAUUUACAAUUAUAUGGAGCACAUACAGCUAUAAUAUCACGUACAUUUGAUAAAUUAGAAAAGGCUUCAAAAGAAAUUAUGAAAAUAGCCAAUAAUAAUACAAUAUGUUUACCUGUUUCAGCUGAUGUUAGAGAUUAUAAAGCAUUAUCUAAUGCAUUUGAUAAAGUAUUGGAAAGAUUUGGUAGAAUUGAUGUAUUAAUUAAUGGAAGUGCUGGUAAUUUUCUAUGUCCUGCUUCACAUUUAACACCAGGUGGAUUUAAAACUGUGAUGGAAAUUGAUACAUUUGGAACAUUUAAUGCCUCUAAAUUAGCCUAUGAUAAAUAUAUGAAAUUGAAUGGUGGUGGUAAUAUUAUAAAUCUAUCCAUGACAUUACAUAAUACUGCAACUAUAAUGCAAGUACAUGCAGGAUGUGCUAAAUCUGCCAUUGAUACAAUGACUAAACAUUUAGCAGUUGAAUGGGGAUUAGAUCAAGUACGUGUUAAUUCAAUUCAAAUUGGUCCUAUUGAAGGUACUGAAGGAUUUUCAAGAUUACUUCCACAAGAUGAAUUGAAAAGAUAUAAGGAAAUGAUACCACUUCAAAGAUUUGGUCUACCAAUUGAUAUUGCUAGAAUGGUACUAUUUUUAAUAUCAGAUGCUGCCUCUUAUGUUACUGGUGCUAUUAUACCUGUUGAAGGUGCUUCACAAUUUACUACAAGUAAUAUUCAUGGUUAUCCAAAUGCUUUGAAAAUGUCUAAAUUGUAA